AUGGCGGCCACAGAAGCCUUGCGAGCCGAUAAUCCAGAAUCUAUCGAAUCUCUGAGUCGCGAGGCAGAAUCUCUGAAAUCGAGACUAGAAGAAGAGAAGGCCAAAUUGAACGAUGUCGACAUGUGUGUUGUUGCCCAAAGAUUAGAUAAUUUACCACAGUUUAAUAUUAAACCAAGACGGGUAUUAAAGGGACAUCAAGGAAAAGUCUUAUGCAUGGACUGGUCUUCUGAUAAAAGACAUAUAGUUAGCUCCUCACAGGAUGGUAAAAUGUUAGUUUGGGAUGCAUUUACUACUAAUAAAGAACAUGCAGUUACUAUGCCAACCACCUGGGUUAUGGCCUGUUCAUAUGGUCCUUCUGGUACAAUAGUAGCUUGUGGUGGUUUAGAUAAUAAGUGUACAGUUUAUCCAUUAAGUUUAGAAGAAGAUCCAGCAAGUAAAAAGAAAGCUGUAGCAACACAUACCAGUUAUUUAUCUUGUUGUUCAUUUACUAACUCAGAUUUCCAGAUUUUAACAGGAAGUGGAGACAGCACCUGUGCAUUGUGGGAUGUUGAAAGUGGUCAGCUGAUACAGAGUUUCCAUGGUCAUGCAGGAGACGUAAUGAGUAUAGAUUUAUCACCUACAGAAACAGGCAAUAUAUUUGUCUCUGGGGGGUGUGAUAAAGUAGCUAUGGUAUGGGAUAUGAGAACAGGUGAUUGUGUACAGAUGUUUGAAGGACAUGAUUCAGAUAUAAAUAGUGUACGAUUCUAUCCUAGUGGUGAUGCCUUUGCUACAGGAUCAGAUGAUGCUACAUGCAGAUUAUUUGAUCUACGAGCUGAUAGAGAAGUUAGUUGUUAUAAAAAAGAAAGUAUAAUAUUUGGGUGUAAUUCUGUUGAUUUCUCUGUUAGUGGGCGUUUAUUAUUUGGAGGUUAUAAUGAUUAUACUAUUAAUUUAUGGGACGUAUUAAAAGGAACUAGAUUAUCUAUAUUAUAUGGACAUGAGAAUAGAGUCAGUUGUUUAGGGGUAUCACCUGAUGGUACAGCUCUAUGUACUGGUAGUUGGGACUAUACUUUAAGGGUAUGGGCAUGA